AAGGUCGCCUGUCUACGCGUAACUCACCGAUUAGCAUUUCAAUUCGUGAUUGUUCGAUAAGUGGUGGCGUUUUCACCCAAGAAAUUUUGGUAGAAUAAAUUUGAAUGAUAGACUGGAGGAUACGUGCGUGCACACUGGGGAGACAGAAAAAGCGAGACUGAUUCCCACGUCGAGACGUCAUAUUUUGUUUUCCUCAUAUGCCUGUGGAAGUUGUGAAUAACACAGAAAAAUGCGUUUUUCAUCGUUUUAUGUGGUGAUUCUCGGUAUUCUUGGAGCCGUGGGAGCUGAAUCGGCCGAAUGGAACACCAAAGACUUCAUGAAAAGGGAGCAUUCCCUCAUCAGGCCCUAUCAAGGCAUGGGAAUGACCAUACCCUCCUGGGACUUUAUGGGAAGCACUAUGGUGACCAAUGACUACAUCAGACUCACAGCAGACUUGCAGAGCCAACAGGGAGCCCUGUGGAACUCGGUGCCGUGUAAUGUUCGCAACUGGGAGGUACAGAUCCAUUUCAAAGUCCAUGGAAAGGGUCGGGACCUCUAUGGGGAUGGUUUCGCGAUAUGGUAUGCAAAGGAUAAAAUGCAGACUGGACCUGUUUUUGGAAAUCAGGACUUUUUCCAGGGGCUGGCGGUGAUUUUGGACACUUACAGCAACCAUAACGGACCUCACAAUCAUCAGCAUCCCUAUAUCUCAGCAAUGGUGAACAACGGUUCUCUCCAUUACGACCACGACAGGGACGGCACCCACACACAAUUAGCCGGAUGUGAAGCGAAAUUCCGGAAUCUUGACCAUGAUACGCACAUUGCUAUGCGAUACGAGGGGGAUACACUCAGUGUAUCAACAGACAUUGAUAAUAAAGCGACUUGGAAGCCAUGUUUCACGGUCAGUGGUCUUAAAUUACCGACUGGAUAUUACUUUGGUGUGACAGCCACAACUGGGGACCUCUCUGAUAAUCAUGAUAUAGUUUCUAUUCGUUUGUUCGAGUUGGAUUUACCAAACGAUCCAAAAGACACAGAAGACAGGUCCAACAUAAUCCCCUCAGCAACGUUCUUCGAGUCCCCGAGGGAUCACGUAGACGAUCCAAAGCCCUCGUCCCUCAGUGGAAUAAAAAUAUUCUUGCUGAUGUUGGUUGCUGCACUGGCUCUCAUCGCCUGCGUUAUUAUCGGAGUUAUGUUCUACCAGAAGCACCAGGAAAACAGUCGAAAAAGAUUCUACUGAUGAUUCAAUAAUCCAUUUAUCCGACAAAAUCACUGAUCGAUAGUUAUGACAUUUUUUCGAAAUUACCCGCAUGCGAAUGAGUGAAUGUAUGAAUUGUUUGUUUGUCGAGUUAUUAAUUUUAGAUAUUGAGAGGAUCUACAGACUCAGCUAACUGAAUGUAGAUAAACUCAGUGAAUGUGUAAAAUAUUUAAACGUGAAAUCUUUUGUAAUUCCUCUCAUCCGGGCUUUCUCAGUAAUCUGAUGUGUCAUAAAAUAAUUAAAUGCAUAAUUGAGUGCAAAAACCUGGGCUCUUCCUUUCCUUCAACGCCCACUGGAAAUUAUAAGAUUUUUUUUGUAGUCCGUGGUUUACAAGUAGUUCAGCAUCUAGGGAAGUCAUUAGAUUUUAAUUAAUACUCCUCUGGUGUCCGGUGAUAAAAAUCAUCACACGAGGUGACACUCGCAAUUUUAUUUUUUUAUGUUUGAGGAAUUAGACUAAACGAAGCUAUUACCAAGUAAUCAAUUUCCAUUGGUUCUGCUCCAAUUGCUAUCCAUCGAUUUUAUCUUUUUAUUUAUAAAAAUGAAUUAACUAUGAGUAAUCCAUAUCAGUCACGUCAGGUACAUCGAUGAAGCAUAAACACCGAUUUUAUAUUUGUAAAAGUGUAAAUAAACUAAAAUCAAUUCUCCGUCUGAUAAUAAUGAUGGGAGAUACUGACUGAUUUGAGGAUUUUACCUCUUCGACUCAUCCCGGAAGCAAUAAACUUUUAAAAAUAGCCACGAGAUAUGUGAAUCAGUUAAGUGACCGAUGUAUAUUAUUAUACAAAUAUAAAUAAAGCGUAAUGCCUGUACAAAUGUUUUAUCGAUCGAAAUGCCAAAUAAACGAUUAUUCAAGAACGAAAAA